ACCAGACCACCGAGCGAGGUCGAGCGAGGACUGGCGACGGCUGCGUCACGCGAGGGGCGGGGCCGCCGCGGGCGGAGGCCGGAGCCGGAAGCGGAAGAGGCGCUCGGAGCGGGGAGUGGGGCCUAGCCGCAGCCGGAUCCUGGGAGACGAUGCAUCACUGUAAGCGAUACCGCUCCCCUGAGCCAGACCCGUACCUGAGCUACCGAUGGAAGAGGAGGAGGUCUUACAGUCGGGAGCACGAAGGGAGGCUGCGGUAUCCGUCUCGAAGGGAGCCUCCGCCCCGGAGAUCUCGGUCCAGAAGCCACGACCGCCUGCCCUACCAGAGGAGAUACCGGGAGCGCCGCGACAGUGACACAUACCGGUGUGAAGAGCGGAGCCCAUCCUUUGGAGAGGACUGCUAUGGAUCUUCCCGUUCCCAUCAUCGUCGGCGGUCGCGGGAGAGGGAGCCGUACCGGACCCGCAAGCACGCCCACCACUGCCACAAACGCCGCACCAGGUCUUGUAGCAGCGCCUCCUCGAGAAGCCAACAGAGCAGUAAGCGCAGCAGCCGGAGUGUGGAAGAUGACAAGGAGGGCCACCUGGUGUGCCGGAUCGGCGAUUGGCUCCAAGAGCGAUAUGAGAUCGUGGGGAACCUGGGUGAAGGCACCUUUGGCAAGGUGGUGGAGUGCUUGGACCAUGCCAGAGGGAAGUCUCAGGUUGCCCUGAAGAUCAUCCGCAACGUGGGCAAGUACCGGGAGGCCGCCCGACUAGAAAUCAAUGUUCUCAAAAAAAUCAAGGAGAAGGACAAAGAGAACAAAUUCCUGUGUGUCUUGAUGUCUGACUGGUUCAACUUCCACGGUCACAUGUGCAUCGCCUUUGAGCUCCUGGGCAAGAACACCUUUGAGUUCCUGAAGGAGAAUAACUUCCAGCCUUACCCCCUACCACACGUCCGGCACAUGGCCUACCAGCUCUGCCACGCCCUUAGAUUUCUACAUGAAAACCAACUGACCCACACAGACUUGAAGCCAGAGAACAUCUUGUUUGUGAAUUCUGAGUUUGAAACCCUCUACAAUGAGCACAAGAGCUGUGAGGAGAAGUCAGUGAAGAACACCAGCAUCCGAGUAGCUGACUUCGGCAGUGCCACCUUUGACCAUGAGCAUCACACGACCAUCGUGGCCACCCGUCACUAUCGCCCACCUGAGGUGAUCCUUGAGCUGGGCUGGGCCCAGCCCUGUGACGUCUGGAGCAUUGGCUGCAUCCUCUUUGAGUACUACCGGGGCUUCACCCUCUUCCAGACCCACGAGAACCGAGAACAUUUAGUGAUGAUGGAGAAGAUCCUGGGGCCCAUCCCAUCGCACAUGAUCCACCGUACCAGGAAGCAGAAAUAUUUCUACAAGGGGGGCCUGGUUUGGGAUGAGAACAGCUCUGAUGGCCGGUAUGUGAAGGAGAACUGCAAACCUCUGAAGAGUUACAUGCUCCAGGACUCCUUGGAGCACGUGCAGCUGUUUGACCUGAUGAGGAGGAUGUUAGAAUUCGACCCUGCCCAGCGCAUCACACUGGCAGAGGCCCUGCUGCACCCCUUCUUUGCCGGCCUGACCCCCGAGGAGCGGUCCUUCCACACCAGCCGCAACCCAAGCAGAUGACAGAUGCAGGCCACCACGUGCGAUGGAGAGCGGGACUGGGCUGCCCGGCCCCUCUUCUCCAACCUCCACCACCACCGGGCCCCAGGGCCAGAGCCACCAAACGAACAGUGCAAUGUGAAGGAAGGCAGGAGCCCGCAGGGGAGGGGACUUGAUACCCGGCUGCCAGAAAGCACAGAUUUGACCCAAGCUAUUUAUAUGUUGUAAAGUUAUAAUAAAGUGUUUCUUACUGUUUGUAA